GACUUUGUUGUGGCGGUGAGGAAGAGGAAGCCCUGAAGGGUCAAAAGGAAUACAAAAGCAAAGGCUGUUUUUCCUUCUUUUCUUUUUUCUUUCUUUCUUUCCUUUUUUUUACCCCCUAAAGAGCGCGUGGCCUUAGUGGUGGCGGUUUGGGGUGGGCGCCGCCGAGGUGAGGGGGUCUCGCCUCCCGCACGCUGGUAGACCAGCUGUUCCAUUAUGGAUGGAGGGGAUGAUGGUAAUCUUGUUAUCAAAAAGAGGUUUGUGUCCGAGGCAGAACUAGAUGAACGACGCAAAAGAAGGCAAGAAGAAUGGGAGAAAGUUCGAAAACCUGAAGAUCCAGAAGAAUGUCCAGAGGAGGUUUAUGACCCUCGGUCUCUAUAUGAAAGGCUACAAGAGCAGAAAGACAGGAAGCAGCAGGAGUACGAGGAGCAGUUCAAAUUCAAAAACAUGGUAAGAGGCUUAGACGAAGAUGAGACUAACUUCCUCGAUGAGGUUUCCCGGCAGCAGGAGCUUCUAGAAAAGCAACGAAGAGAAGAAGAACUGAAAGAACUGAAGGAAUACAGAAGUAAUCUCAACAAAGUUGGAAUUUCUCCAGAAAAUAAGAAGGAGGUGGAGAAGAAAGUGGCUGUGAAAUCCAUAGAAACCAAGAACAAGUUCUCCCAGGCAAAGCUGUUGGCCGGAGCUGUGAAACAUAAGAGCUCAGAGAGCGGGAACAGCGUGAAAAGACUGAAGUCGGACACCGACCCAGAUGACAAGAGUCAAGAAGCCCCGUCCUGCGUGCCUCUUGGAAGCACGUCCCUGAGCACCCCUUCCAUCCACUGCCCGUCUGCCGCCGUCUGUAUCGGCAUCCUACCAGGCUUGGGUGCCUACUCCGGCAGCAGCGACUCCGAAUCCAGCUCUGACAGCGAGGGCACCAUCAACGCCACCGGCAAGAUCGUCUCCUCCAUCUUCCGAACCAACACCUUCCUCGAGGCCCCCUAGGCCCCUGUGUCCCUCCCAGAGCCCCUGCCCGACGGUUUGUUCUGCCUCCGGGCAUCACCUCCCUCAGAACUCCUUUGCCUGCUUCCUGUGCACACCGUGACAUUUUUAACCUCGUCUAAAAAUGUGCCAGAAUCCACUUGUG